CUCCGGCAGGAGCAGCAGAGCCUAUUAAUUCACCCGCGCCUAAGCCCACUUUACUCUGCUUCUUCCUCCUUCCUCCUCUUCCCCCUCACACUCCAUCCCAGUCUUCCCACAGGAAGAAGAAGAAUCAUCAUCCCCCGCGCGUGCGGGGAGCUCAGCUCACGGGACCCUCGACCCCGCGCGCUAAGAAGUAAGAACCCGAAGCCGUCAAGAUCAGCUAAAGCCGCCAGCAGCUUCGUCAUCCUUCAGCGGCCGGCCAUGGGCAAGGACUGCGGCAACCACGGCGACGACCACCUGCGGCACGGGUGCCGGCGCCUCCUCGCCUUCCUCCUCGCCCUCGCCCUCAUCGUCGCCGUCAUCACGCUCAUCGUCUACCUCGUCCUCCGCCCGACCCACCCGCGCUUCUUCCUCCAGGACGCCUCGCUCCGCCAGCUCGACCUUUCCGCAAACACCUCGUCGACAACCCCGUCCACCUCCCUCCUCUCGACCGUGCUCCAGGUCACCGUCGCCUCUCGCAACCCCAACGACCGGAUCGGGGUCUACUACGACCGCCUCGACGUCUACGCCUCCUACAAGUACCAGCAGAUCACCGUCGCCGCCUCGCUGCCGGCCGUCUACCAGGGCCACGGCGACGUCGGCGUCUGGUCCCCGGUGCUCUCCGGCCCCAACGUCCCCUUCGCGCCAUACCUCGCCGCCGCGCUCCAGGAUGACUGCAAGGCGGGUUAUCUCAUCCUCCAGGUCAAGAUCGACGGCCGCGUCCGCUGGAAGGUCGGGAGCUGGAUCUCGGGCCACUACCAUCUCUUCGUCACCUGCCCUGCUUUCCUAGUCACUGGCGGCGGUAAUGGCGCUCCCGGCGCCGGCGGGUUCAAGUUCCAGACCACCACCUACUGCCACGUCGAGGUCUAGUUACUUGCUUUGGUUCGUCUAUUAAGCUGCUGCUGCUCUGCUCUGCUUCAGCUCCGGCGAGAGGUACGUGUUGCUGUGUGUCCAUAGUGAGAAGAAGAAGAAGAACAAAAAAACAGAGUUCGGACCGGACAGAUCCGUGGUAAUAAUGGCAGUAUUAUGUGUGGGUCGUACUAGAAUGUAAAGGAGAAGGGGAUCAUGGUUUUUACCGUUUUACUUUUUAGAGUUAACACGAUGCUUAAUUAUAUACGGUACCACCUUUGUUAGCCGGUCAUAGUUCUCUCUGUCAAGCUUAAUUGUCAAUAAACCAUUUUUGUGGCACAAUUAAGAGGAAACAUUCAUACAUAUAUGCAGUCUCUUCUUUCUU